AUGGCUAUUUCAGUGGCUCAGAGACAGUCUUGGGAUAGGAUAAUUAGUAGUGCGAGUGAGAUUGAGGAAUUGGCUUUAAAGGUUGAAUCCUGCGGUGGGGUUUACUUUGUGCCUGCUUUUACUGGAUUGUUUGCUCCUUGGUGGCGUGAUGAUGCUCGUGGAGUUUGUAUUGGGAUCACAAGGUUUACAAGCAAGGCUCACAUUGCUCGAGCUGUGCUCGAGAGCAUGUGUUUCCAAGUCAAAGAUGUGUUGGAUUCCAUGCACAAAGAUGCAGGGGAGGGGGGUGAGGUUAAGAAUGAGAAGGGGGAAUUCUUGCUUAGGGUAGAUGGUGGUGCUACUGUUAACAGUCUUUUGAUGCAGAUUCAGGCAGACUUGUUGGGAAGCCCGGUCGAGAGACCAGCUGACAUAGAAACAACCGCUCUUGGAGCAGCCUAUGCUGCUGGAUUAGCAGUUGGUUUUUGGAUAGAAGAUGAGAUAUUUUCUUCUGAAGAAAAGUUGAAAACUGCAACCAUUUUCCGUUCAACAUUAAAUGAAGAGUUAAGGAAGAAGAAGGUGGAAUCUUGGUGCAAAGCUGUUUCCAGAACUUUUGACUUGGCUGAUCUUUCUCUUUGAUAUACUCGUGUCAAUCCUUUUCCAUUAUCCCCUGUUUUAUUUUCCCAUGUCCUUUUGUCUUGAGUUAUGGAAUGUUUAAUGUUGGGUACAUUUAUGUGAAUUAUGGAGACCAGAAUGUAUUGAAGUGAAUAAAAUUAUAAUAAUGCUGAUUUA